UUGCGUCCGCCUCCCCAUGGGGCGGAGCUAUAGCACAUACUGAACAGUCGGAGACAGAUCUGGCCACAUCUCGAGUCGUUAUCCAGCACAUUCAGACAGAAUGCUUGCCCUCCAACUUACCGUGUUUAUCCUCCUCUUCUAUGGGACCUGUGGUUUCUCCAGGUCCUUUUUUUACCUGUUUAACCACUGCAAUCCUCCAGAGGAGCUGGUGGGGAAAUUCUGUGCUACUCUACUGGACAACGACGUCAACGAUGACGGCAUAGUAGACGGCAAUGACGUCGCCAUCGAUACCCUGCCUUACAACUAUGACGAAGACCUUUGUGUCACGGACUUGUGGGAGGUCGUGACAAGGUGGUCGUGUCGGUACGGCUUUUCCGAAGAGUACGGCAGAUACAUGUACAGAUUUUUUGACGUCAACGGAGAUGGCCGUGCGACGGCAGACGACUUCGGUGCAUUCAAUAUGACCAAUGCCGACUUUUUAAUGAUGCAAUACACGCGUUUCAAGAACCCCUACUGCGGUGACACGAAGAACAGGGUGAGUCCCCUUGACAAACGCCAGUGUGACGAGGUGGACAAACUGAAGCCAGAGGACAUCAAGUGUCCUAAUUACAUUCGCCUGUGAUGUAGAAACGGCAAUACAACUGUUGGUAAUA